AAACAAAUAAAUAAAAAGUUAAAAAACUUCGAUAAGUUUUGUUUUCUGAUUUGGUGUAUCAAAACUAGUGAUGUGAAAUCAAAGUUAAGUUCUUUAUUAAGUGACAACGUUUUUAAUACUUCACUGAAAAUAUACACCGGCAAAAUACCUGCUGAAGAAUGGAGCGGCCGGGAACCAGCAGUGAGCGAACUCCUCUAGUGCAGCCCACGUAUGUCUUCGAGUCCAGCAUAACACGGCGCUAUCGCAAGCGACUGAAGAAUUGCCAGUGCGCCAUCUGUGUUACUAUACUCGUCCUCCUAAGCAUCAUUCUCCUCGUCACCGUCUCCUACAACCUCGCUGAAGACUUCAACGGUGACGACUUUGACAAUGACACCAUUCUGCCAAUCGUUAUCCCCGUUGCCAACGGAUCCAAGCUGAAUAUGGUUGGCAUUGGCAAUCUGAAGAGUUCUGGCAACAGAACAGUGUAUAAUCUUACGUCGAUAGAACCUAAUUUACUGCCGAUUAUGAACAAGAAAUGGCCAUUAGAAGAAACCCCCACAGCUCCCUGGCCAACCACACCCCCGGCCGCCGACAUAUCUGCCGCUGUAUCUCGCGGCAACGCCGCGCUUGCCGCGCAACAGCGCGCCGAAGCCGCGCGUACGGCGUUAGGCCGGAACACACCGGCGCACCGCGCGCAGCGCGCCGCGGCAACCGCUGUUGAUGUCAAGCCGAUGGCUGACGCCGCGUAUGCGGCUGAGGAGGCUACUAAAGUGCUUGUUAACGGCUCUCCACAUCGCGGCGGCAGCAUCGGCCGUGGUCCAGCCACCAACGGCCACUUCCAAGAGCCACCUUACUGCAGAGACACUCCUGGCUGCCCUGCCAGCAAGUUUAGAAGCCAAGAUGGAAGCUGUAAUAAUCUAGCUAAUCCUCUAAGAUGGGGUGUGUCUAGAACACCUUUCAGGAGGGUGUUGCCUGCUGAUUAUGGAGAUGGCAUCAGCUCUCCACGAAGAGGCGUUAACGGAAGCGCCCUACCAAGCGCCCGGGAUAUUAGCGUCACAGUACACCGGCCGAGCUACGCUCACGACAUCUCAUUCACCGUAAUGCUGGCUGUCUGGGGGCAGUUUAUAGACCAUGAUAUAACCGCCACUGCUCUCAGCAAAGGUGAAAACGGCACGUCGCUUUCUUGCUGCGACCCGUCGCAGCCCCCGCACCCCGCGUGCUUCCCCGUGCCUCUGGACGCGGAAGACCCGUUCUAUCAAGAUUACCACGUCACCUGCAUGGAGUUCGUGCGUUCAGCCCCAGCGCCUACUUGUCAUUUCGGUCCUCGAGAACAAAUGAACCAAGCUACAGCUUACCUCGACGCCUCAACAGUCUACGGGUGCUCAUCAUCCCGCGCCGCUCAACUCAGGACCUUCUCUGGAGGGCUUCUGAGGAUGCUGGUCGUUGAGGGAAGAGAGUUGCUGCCACAGUCCAUGGACCCUAAUGAUGGCUGCAAUACGGACGAGAUGAACGCUAAGGGGCGAUAUUGUUUUGAGACUGGGGACGACCGAGCCAACGAGAACCUCCACCUCACCACAAUGCACCUGGUCUGGGCGCGGCAACACAACCGCAUCGCCAACAUCCUCUCAACUCUCAACCCGAGCUGGGACGAUGAGCGCCUUUACCAGGAAUCCAGAAAGAUUGUGGGCGCUCAGAUGCAGCAUAUCAGCUACAAUGAGUUCCUGCCAUUAGUUUUAGGUAACGAUGUGAUGUGGGCCCUGAACCUGUCCCUACUGCCGACGGGCCAUUCCAACUCAUACAGCCCUCGUGUGGACGCUUCUAUGGCUAAUCACUUCUCCGCAGCAGUUUUCAGAUUCGCGCACACUUUGCUGCCGGGUUUAAUCCACUCCUUCGACGCGGACACUGGUUCAGUAGACUACAUCCACCUUCACGAGAUGCUGUUCAACCCAUACAUGCUGUACCGAGAAACGGGAGCGCGGAAAUCCGUAUACUCUGCUAUGAAUACGCCGGUCCAUGGAGUAGAUCCUCAUGUUACUGAGGAGCUAAGCAACCACCUCUUCGAGCGCCCCACCACCAACUCCUCCCUCCCCGCGCACCCCUGCGGCCUCGACCUCGUGUCCCUCAACAUACAGAGAGGGAGGGACCAUGGUCUACCCCCUUAUCCAGCCUGGAGGGAGCAUUGUGGUUUCCAGAGGCCGAAAACCUUUGGAGAACUCAAGGGAGUUCUAAAUGAGGUGUCGUGGCAACGGAUCAGCACCAUUUACAGCCACGUAGACGAUAUAGAUCUCUACACUGGUGCCUUAGCCGAAGAACCGAACGGCAGACUCCUUGGACCAACGCUAACCUGCCUCAUCGCGGAUCAGUUCUUGAGGAUCAAGGUUGGAGAUCGGUUCUGGUAUGAGACUGAGGAUGAGUCUUCUGGCUUUACCAUUGAGCAAUUAACAGAAAUCCGCAAGACAACGUUAGCAAGUGUAAUCUGUGCGAACGAACAACUACUGGCGCAGGCGCAGCCGCGUGUCAUGGAGCUGGUGGGGGAAACCAAUCCACUUGUGGCCUGUACAGAACUUCCACAACCUGUUUGGGACCCAUGGAAAGAAUAGUUUGAUAUUGAGAAAAGCAAAAGUGUUCCUCUCAAAAAGUUUACAGUGGACGCCUAUAAUCCA